UUUUUUUUUUUUCUUUCAUUUUUUUUACUUUAUUUUACUACUUAUAUAAAAAUGCUUUCAUUGGAUUACCCACAGGUUUUAAAACAUGAUAUGGAUUAUUACGUAUCUGGUCAAUUGAGUUAUAGCACCAAUACCUCUUCUACUACUAUGGCCACAUCUAACAUCAUGACAUCGUUACCUUAUUGGAAUACUACAGAUUCAAACAUGGAUAUAUGGCAUCAUACUGGCUAUGAACAAGGUUUACUUCCCUUACUUCCUCAACAACAACAAAAUGAUGAUCACUCUAUGAGAUCAGAUGCAUCAUCUAUAGUACAAUCUCCAUGUUUUGUUACUUCAUCACCAUCUAUAUCUACUUUUUCAUCCAUCAGUCCAUCUCCUCAACAACAUCAUCCGCUUGAUACGUCAUCCACUUCUUCUCCUCCUCCUUUUACUUCUACUUUGAUGACCGAUAAUAAUGAAAUCACACCUAUUAUUACAUUACAACAAUGGUCAAGAGAAGCUUUGAUUGAUCGUGUACUGACAUUAGAACAAGAGUUAGUAUACUAUCAUUCGUCGGAAUCACCAAAACAGGAUGGUUGGCAAUGUCGAUGGGAUUCAUGUGAUACUGUUACAUCCACUUUGGAACAGCUGACCGAUCAUCUUCAUCGUGUUCAUGUUGGUAGAGGAAAGGCUACUUAUUAUUGUGGUUGGACUGGAUGUGCUAGACAUGAUAAACCGUUUACCAAACGACACAAAAUGCAUAAUCAUCUACGUACACAUACAGGAGAAAGACCUUUUGUUUGCCGUACUGCUGGAUGCCAAAAACGAUUUUCUCGUCCUGAUUCCCUGAGUACUCACCAAAAGACUCAUAGCAACGUGCGUCCUUUUGUCUGUGCUGAUUGUGGUAAAUCUUAUUUUCAUGCUCGGUCUUUAAGAAAACAUUUGAAGGCUUCUCAUCAUCAUGGUUUCUCCAACAAUCUCAUCGGAUGAUCUACUUCCGAACGGAACCCUACCUUGUACAUAUACCCCAUCUCUCCUUUUUUUCUUUUUUUUUUUUAUUUAUUCUAUGUAUGUCAUUUGAUAUUUAUCUUUUUUUUUUUUUUCAGUUG